AUGUCUGUAGCGCAGAGAAUAACCUUCAAAGGGCUUGCCCAACGGGUGGUACAGAAGAGGAAGGAAUCACUUGAAGCAGACCAGAACUCCAGGAGCCGGUUCCAGUAUCGGGCAUGGUUCGUGAAGGAACUGCAGGAUCUCUGCAACGUGACGGCCCUUCACGGUUACAGCCAGAUCGUGCGCAGUGGAUACAGUGCGCUGGAGCGUACCGUGUGGUCCUGUGCCGUCGUAGCAUCGACCAUCUGUGCCAUCACGCUCCUCAUGAUCUCGUGGUCCUGGAAUGUGGAAACACCGACCGUUACGGUGACGGAAUCGACCAACUAUCCCACGUGGAAUAUCCCGUUUCCGGCGGUGACGGUUUGUCCGUUGAACAAAAUCUCAGCCACCGCAGCACUGACCCGUGCUGGCAUGAUGAAACGCCCCGAUGCCAAUCUAACGGAUGGUGAACUGGCCGAUCUUUUCCGGCUGUACUUGCACGUGUUGGGGCUGGGGCAGAGUGAUCCCGUGCGCUACCGGUUACUGCACGAGAUACUGCAGAUGAACAAUCUGGAAAUACCGCAGCUGGUGGGCGAGUUUACGCCACCUUGUAGUAAGAUGAUCGAACGAUGCUUGUGGAAGGGAACGCAGUGGCGUUGUGACAAUCUGUUCCAGAUGGUCAACAGUACGGAGGGAUUGUGCUGCUCGUUCAAUUACUACGGGCUGUUGAAGGAUAAUUAUCCGAAGAAGAUUACCGUCAGUAUCCCGAAGGAACCGAGGCGUUUGAUGGCCAGUGGCUACCAGACGGGUCUGUCGAUUUUGUUGCAACCGUUUGUUGAGGAUUACCAUGCGACCGAUGUCGCUGCGUAUGGGUUUAAGGUGAUGAUACACAGUUCAUACGAUUUCCCCGAUAAUGAUGCGGAGAUAAUGUUGGUGGUGGCCGGGACGGAAUCAUUCGUUACGAUCAAUCCAACGGUUACGUACGCUACCGCGGAUGCCAUGGGGUUAGCACCGAGUGUAAGGAAUUGUUUUGGGCGGAAUGAGUAUCGAUUGACGGUGCUGCAGCGUUACUCGUACGUGAACUGUAUGGUGGAGUGUAGGGCGGCCACCAUUUACGAUAAGUGUGGAUGCGUUCCCUUCAAUCUGCCCAACAAUGAAACGCUCAAGAACUGCGAAAUGAAGGAUAUGGAGUGUGUGGUGCGGGCACGGGAUCUCUAUCUGAACGCUAUUCCGCUCAUGAACAGCACGAUGGCGCGCGUGAUGACCCGGGGGGUGGAACCACCCUGUGGUUGUUUGCCGGCUUGCGACAAGAUACAGUAUCCGGCGGAAAUGGUAACCGGGGACAUGAAUCGGAACUACUCUUACAAUGCGAUCUCGUUUUUCAAGGACAUUGAGCUGAAAAAUCACAGCCUGGUGCAUGUGUACAUGGCCGGGUUAACGGCCACGCACUUUCGGAUGGAUAUCUAUCAAGAUUCGCUCGGAACAUUAGCAUCUUUUGGCGGUAUACUGGGACUGUUCCUGGGGUUCAGUAUCAUAACCGGGUUCGAGGUGAUCUACUUCUUCACCAUUCGUCUACUGUUUGACCUUUUCACCAAUAAGCCAGAGCGUUAAGCAUAGAAACGUCCACUGAUUGGGAUCAAAUUCAAAAGGCGAUGGGGUUUGUAGUUAAUUUCCUGCAUGUUUGGUGAACUAAUGUAACGUAAAGCCUCCGUUUCUUUUGCUGUUUACGCAAUGCUUUUCAUCCGUUAGCAAUUUCUAGUCGUAAAAUUCAAAAGAAAAAAACGCUUCAACGGCUGCGUAGCGUACGCCUUCACGUGUGCUAUUAAAUGCUUCAUGAGGCGCACCAUCCAAGUUUGCAUAGCUUAUGGAGCAUAAUUCCUUGAAAUCACUAUGGGCCAAAAAUAUGAAAAUUUUAACAAAAGGAAAGAACAAAUUUUCAGAAGAAAUUUUUCAUUGGUU